AUGGAUAAGAAGGGGUCAUGGGAGCGCGGGGAGGAGGGAGGGGAGUGCUUGUCUUGCUUAGAGGGAGUGCCAUCCGGACUGCGCUCGGCGAUAGGGGCGGGGCGUGGGCGCCCUGUCGCAAGAUCGGAAAGACACGACUCGCUCAUGUUCGGCCGGGAAAAGCUGCGACUGUGGGCAGUCAUCGCCCCUCGCCGUGUGUUAUUGUUCAUGCUUCCAUUUUCGUACCGCUACGGGCGGUAUUUGCUCGAUGAGAAGCUGUAUCAAGAGGAAUGCAGUUAA